GCAAUCACUCAUCGGCAUACCUUUCCUUCACUCAACCAAACACACAAUACCACGUAUCCAAAACUCUACUUCCCCCUCCACUUUAUUCACGUGGCAAUCACUCAUUGGCAUACCUGACACAAAUUAAUUGGAGAGGAACCGAAAUUAAAUAAAAUCAUCACUUCAAACUCCAAACAACAAAAUCGGUUUGUCGGAUAAUCUUGUGUUUGCAGAAUUUCUGAUAAAAAUUAUGACUAAGAGCCGUUUCAAGCAAGAGCAUGAUUUCGAGAAGAGGAGGGCUGAAACUGCGCGAAUCAGGGAGAAAUACCCGGACAGGAUUCCGGUCAUUGUGGAGAAGGCUGAGAGAAGCGAUAUUCCCAACAUUGACAAGAUAAAGUACCUAGUCCCGGCUGACCUGACAGUCGGUCAAUUUGUUUAUGUGAUCCGGAAGAGAAUUAAACUGAGUGCAGAAAAGGCAAUUUUUAUAUUUGUGGACAAUGUCCUCCCACCAACUGGAGCAAUAAUGUCGUCAAUCUAUGAUGAAAAGAAGGAUGAGGAUGCAUUUCUCUAUGUCACAUACAGUGGGGAAAACACAUUUGGGUGCCAGAUGUUGCCAUAGCCAAGUUCUUUCAGUGUCUUCCAUUCUUUGUCAUUACGAGUUAAAAUCUAUCUCUCGUUUCCUAGGACUUGAACAGUCCUGGUAUUAUGCCCUGUGAUUUAUGGCCUUGUUGUCUUUCUUGUACAUGUGUAUAGCUCUUCGGAAAUUGAAAUGGUGUCAACUACUGAAAGUAAUUAAAAAUUUCGAAACAUGUUUUCUUUUCCUCGCUUA